AUGGACGAGCCGGGCUGCGCGCCUCCGGGCACUGCCCCGAGCGGGCGGGAGCAGGAGCCCCGGGCCCGGGGGUCGCCCUGCGGCAACUGGAUGGCGACUCACCCUAAGCUCACAGAGAUGAUGUCAUUGGAUGUGGCUGACAGCACUCAAGUAUAUGCUGCGUUCUUAGUUUACUUGGAUCUUUUAGAAGGUAAAAACUGGCAUGAUGUGACAUGCGUUGGACUAGCAGAACUCCAGCUCAUAUGUCUCCGUGGGCGUGAGAGAGAAGCUGAGAAUUUACAGGUUGUGGUGCCAACACCUGUCCACAUGUCAUUCACUCAUCAGAGGCUCAGAGAGAUCAUGAAGAAAGCAUGUAUUCCACAAGAUGAAACAAAUUCCCCACUGUCAGUUAUCCUGGCUAUAGUUGAGUCAGAUUCCACAGUAGUCUAUUAUAAGCUGACAGAUGGUUUCAUAAUGCCAGACCCUCCUGAUGAUACUGAAGACAUGGACAAUAAACAGUGGAGAAAGAAAAGAAGGAAGCUUUUGAGAUGACUUUAAGACAAAGAUGAACUGUUUCUUGGCCCCUUAUUUUCAAAUCUAAACAAAUUCAGUAAUUUGUGUAUGUAAAUUAAAAGGUACAAUGGCUUAACUGCUGCUUUGCAAAUCUUCACUUGCUCUGGAGAACUCGGAUUUCUGCAGCAUGCUUCAAAAUAAAAUGGUAUGUAACAUG